AUGAGCUCAAGAAGCAUCCUCAUACUAAAAGAUUUGUCAAAAGAGUGCAAAGAGAGUUAACUAAAAUGAAGAAUUCUAAGUCACCUCUCUGCCACACCUCCAAGGUUUCACCCAAAACAGAGCAAGAAAAGCAGAGUAGAAGAUUUGAUGAUGAUUUCAGAGGCAAGAAGAGUGGUACUACUACGGCCGUGGCGGCGGCAGAGAAGAAGUUAGAGAGCCAGCCAUCGAUGGAUAUAAACGAAAGCGCGGAGUUAUUCAUCAAUAAAUUCAAGCAACAGCUUCUCAUCCAACGCCUUGAAUCCAUUGAAAAUUACGAGCAAAUGCUAGCUAGAGGGACUUAGAAGACCCUUUUCUCUAUAGUACUUACAAUUGUAUUUGCUUUUGUUCUUUCUUUGUGUUGGAUUGGAUUGGAUUGAAUUGAAUUGUUUUGAUUUGUUCGUGUGAUGUGCUUCUCUCUAAAUGAUACUAUUCAAGUUCUUUUUAGUUGAGCA